AACCGGAAGUGGAGCCGGGCGCUCGGGAGCAGCGGGCGCGGCGGAGCCAGGGCCGGGCCGGGAGCGACGGACGCCAGGCCGCGACAGAAUCACUCCCAAAUGCUGGAAAUUCCUCGCAGGAGCACUGGCUUUCCACAGGGACCCCUGAGCAGCCUUUCGUCGCCAGCCGGAAAGAAAGAUGUGGAAGGCUUCGGCAGGCCACGCUGUGUCCAUCACCCAGGACGACGGGGGCGCUGAUGACUGGGAGACCGACCCCGACUUUGUGAACGACGUGAGCGAGAAAGAGCAGAGAUGGGGGGCCAAAACCGUGAAGGGGUCUGGGCACCAGGAACACAUCAACAUACACAAGCUGAGAGAGAACGUUUUUCAAGAACACCAGACCCUCAAGGAGAAGGAGCUUGAAACGGGACCAAAAGCCUCUCACGGCUACGGAGGGAAGUUCGGCGUGGAGCAGGACAGGAUGGACAAGUCGGCCGUCGGCCACGAGUACCAGUCGAAGCUCUCCAAGCACUGCUCCCAGGUGGACUCCGUCCGCGGCUUUGGAGGCAAGUUUGGUGUCCAGGUGGACAGAGUUGACCAGUCCGCUGUUGGCUUCGAAUACCAGGGCAAGACGGAGAAACACGCCUCACAGAGAGACUACUCGAGCGGCUUCGGCGGAAAGUACGGCGUGCAGGCCGACCGCGUGGACAAGAGCGCCGUGGGCUUCGACUACCAGGGCAAGACGGAGAAGCACGAGUCGCAGAAAGAUUACUCCAAGGGCUUCGGCGGCAAGUAUGGCAUCGACAAGGACAAGGUGGACAAGAGCGCCGUGGGCUUCGAGUACCAGGGCAAGACGGAGAAGCACGAGUCGCAGAAAGACUAUGUGAAAGGGUUUGGAGGAAAAUUCGGUGUGCAGACAGACAGACAAGACAAAUGUGCUCUUGGCUGGGAUCACCAGGAGAAACUGCAGCUGCACGAAUCCCAGAAAGAUUAUAAGGCUGGUUUCGGAGGCAGAUUCGGUGUUCAGUCCGAGAGGCAGGACUCCUGUGCUGUGGGGUUUGAUUACAAGGAGAGACUGGCCAAGCACGAGUCCCAGCAAGACUACUCCAAAGGAUUCGGCGGAAAAUACGGGGUGCAGAAGGACCGCAUGGAUAAGAACGCUUCCACGUUCGAUGACGUUGCCCAGGUGGCCCCAGCGUAUCAGAAGACCGUCCCCGUCGAGGCGGUGAACAGCAGAACCAGCAACAUCAGAGCAAAUUUCGAAAACCUGGCGAAGGAGAAGGAGCAGGAGGACCGGCGGAAGGCGGAAGCCGAGAGGGCGCAGAGGAUGGCGAAGGAGAGACAGGAGCAGGAGGAGGCCCGGAGGCAGCUGCACGAGCAGGAGCAGGCCCGGGCCCAGAAGCCGACGCCCCCAGCCUCCCCGACUCCUCAGCCGGCUCAGGAGAGGCCGCCCCCAAGCCCCGUCUAUGAGGACGCGGCUUCAUUCAGGGCUGAGCCUGAGCCUGUGUACAGCAUGGAAGCGGCCGGCUACCAGGAGGCCAGCAGCCAGCAGGGCCCGGCCUACGCGUCGGACGCCGUCUACGAGGCCACAGAGGCCCCCGGCCACUAUCAAACAGAGGAAAACACCUACGACGAGUAUGAGAAUGACCUCGGGAUCACAGCCGUCGCCCUGUAUGACUACCAGGCUGCGGGCGACGACGAGAUCUCCUUCGACCCCGACGACAUCAUCACCAACAUCGAGAUGAUCGACGACGGCUGGUGGCGCGGGCUGUGCGGGGGCCGGUUCGGGCUCUUCCCCGCCAACUACGUGGAGCUGCGGCCGUAGGCGCCGGGCGGGGCCGCUGUGCACGCGCCCUUCCGCGGGGCCCUCCUGCCAGGCUUCUGGAGACGCUCCGCCGCAGGACGUGCUGACGUGUGGUGACCACGCUCCGUAGGAGGACUUGGUAACCGAUUCUACGCAUUUCAGGCAUUUUCCUUGUUUCUGCCAAACCGACUGUCAUGGGAGCCGCUUGGGGACCCUCCGCUGUCCUGAGUGCGUGCUGUCCUUGCCCCCGCUGGCGGCGCUCGGGGCCCCCGACGCACGCGGCCUGUGCUCAGACCUGGCCCCGGCAGAGGUUGGGACCGAGGGCAGGAGCGCCACAGGCGGCGGCUUUAGCUCUGGGUGGGAGCGUCUUCCUGUUUCCCUGGAUUCCCCAGACCCGCGCGCUCCGCCUCGUCCCGUCCCUCCCCUGACGCCUGACGCCAGGAGGACCGCUCCUGCCCCCGCUCCUGCCCCUGAAGCAGCACCUCCCCGUCCAGCAUCUCCCGUCCCGUGCACACUGUCCUCUGGUGGCCCAGGGCGGCCUCCUGCCCCCGCACCCUGUGUCCGCCGGGCAAGAGGACGGCCCUCUGCUGCCAGCAGGCAGGCGUCUUCACGGCCGUACACUACCGGACACGGACACGGAUUUCCCGCUGGGGCACUCGUAUUCGUUGUGCCAAAGUACCGUGUCCUGGGACAGUCCGACGCGGCCCGCUGAGCUGAAGAGGGAAGCAGAGAGCGCGUUCUCCCCGCUCCCUGUGCGCUGCCGGGAGCACGUCGCCCCGCUCAGCGUCGGCGAGGCCAGGGCGGCGCUGGCAACGGACGGGGGCAGUGUCUUUCUGGAAGAUCCUGUUGAGGUGUCUCAGGUGUUGGGGACGUGAGUGAGCAUCUACUUCCUGAAGCGUGUUUCUGCAUAAUCUUCGCUUUACCACAAUUAGGUUGGGUUUUAUAUGCAAUUACUGUAUCUGAGUUUCUGUAGCCACAUCACAGGUAUGAUUUUUUUUAAAUUAAUUAUCCAGAAUAAACUUUUUUUGAUCCA